CCUCGAGCGCAUGUCCGAUACGUUGUUUUGCAAACGACCCGGAACUCGCGCGCCGUUCCACGUACGAAAAGCAAAUGGGAAACUUUUACUUUCGCGCGAGAUAUUAAAUCUGAAUCACAUUUCUCCGUUUGUGUGUGAACGUGUGUGUUACAAUAAUAUGUAUUAGUGUCAGGUUAUUAAAAUACAUUUUUUGCUUAUGAUUGAAAGAGACAAUUGCAAAAUGUUUCUAUGUGUGUGCCUUGUAAUUUGGAGCGGUGCCCUCGCGCCGGCUCUGGCUCAAGGUGAUCGACUUUGUGGUCACCCGGCAGUGCCACCAAAUGCAAGAGUUUCAUUGCCCACCGACACUAAGAUAGUUCCUGGUACCGUGGCUACAUACGAAUGUGAUGAAGGUUACGAGCUGUUUGGAGCACACCAAAGAGAAUGCACGCUGCGAGGCGACUGGACAGCAGAACCGCCAUUUUGUGGUACAAACGUCGCCUUUAGAAAACCAGCAAACCAAUCGACAACGGUCAGAGGAGGAAGCGCUAGUAACGGAAAUGAUGGUGAGAAAACCACGGAGCACGACGGUAAGCGCUGCACAGAAACCCAGCGGGAGGCCUCACCCUGGUGGCAAGUUGAUCUCCUUCGACACUAUGCUGUCAAAGUGGUCAGAGUUACGACAAGAGGUUGCUGUGGUCACCAACCCUUGCAAGACCUCGAAAUCCGGGUAGGAAACAGCAGCAGCGAUUUGCAGCGAAAUCCUCUAUGCGCUUGGUUUCCUGGGACUAUGGAUGAAGGAGUAACGAAGACAUUCACUUGCGCUCGACCUCUCAUCGGACAACAUGUGUUCCUGCAACUCGUCGGAGUCGAAGGCUCUCUAUCAUUAUGCGAAGUCGAGGUCUUUACAACGGAAGAAUUCUCAAACGAUCGAUGUGCACCCGUCGGUGCUUCGGCAGACAUAGAGUUGGCUGCUUUUUCUAGAAACUGUUACGAAUUUAAUGUGGCGAAAGGUGCAUCCUUUGAAGAAGCAAGGAAACAAUGCAAGGCACACGGCGGCGACCUUAUACACGGAUUUCAGGGAGCGACAUCCAGUUAUCUUAUUCAGGAAUUAGAAAGACGUAAGACUCAGUUAAAAACACAACUUGUGUGGAUCGGUGCACAAAAGGAACCUGGACUUACCUCUCGAACUUGGAAAUGGGUCGACGGUGAAAUGGUCUCGAAACCGACAUGGGGGAAGGAUCAACCAAACAACUAUAACGGGGAACAGAACUGCGUGGUGCUGGACGGUGGACGCGCCUGGCUGUGGAACGACGUGGGUUGCAACCUCGACUACCUGCACUGGAUCUGCCAGUACCUACCGCCUUCCUGUGGGAGUCCUGAUAAACUUCUGAAUACGACGAUCGAAGGCAACAAUUAUCAAGUAGAAUCUUCGAUAGCUUACAAGUGCCCUGAUGGUCACAUGCUUAUCGGAGACAAGACAAGAAAGUGCAAGAAAGACGGUUUUUGGUCAGGAGCUGCACCUAGUUGUAAAUAUGUGAACUGUGGUGGUUUAACGCCUAUACAAGAUGGUGACGUCAGCUUAGUAGAUGGUCGCACCACUCACGGUGCUCGAGCUGUUUAUUCUUGUAAAGAAAACUACACACUUGUUGGAAAUGAAGAAAGACACUGCGGCGAUGAAGGUAUCUGGGAUGGUGAAGCACCAAAGUGCCUGUUUGAUUGGUGUCCGGAACCACCGCCGGUAACCGGGGCUACCGUGAGCGUCAGCGGGCACAAAGCGGGCUCAUUAGCGACAUACAUGUGCCAAAAUGGCUUCAUUCUCUUUGGACAACCGAGUGUGACCUGCAAUCUCGGCGGAGUCUGGUCUGGUACUCCACCUUCGUGCAAGUAUGUGGACUGUGGGACACCGGCUCAAGUUCAUAAAGGCUCGUUUGUUUUGCUCAACGGAACCACAACUUACGGAUCAGUCGCUCAGUUCAACUGUGAAUCUGACUACUGGCUUGCUGGAGCUGAGGUGUUAACAUGCAACCGAGAUGGAAAAUGGUCACACGAUAUACCUUCUUGCGAAUUAAUUUCCUGCCCGGAUCCAGAAGUGCCUGCCGGAGGUUAUAUGGAGGCGUAUGAUUACAACGUACAUUCUACGAUCGAUUUCCAUUGCGAGAAGGGACAUAAGCUUGUCGGCGAGCCGAAUCUAACGUGCCAGCCUGAUGGUGAAUGGUCCGGUGAAUCACCAAAGUGUGACUACGUGGAUUGUGGCAAAUUACCACCUCUUCCUUACGGCUUAUCAGAAUUGCUUAACGGAACUACACAUUUGGGUAGCGUCAUACAGUACGCUUGUACGACUAACUACAGGCUUGUGGGUGCAGUCAGAAGAGUGUGUACAGAGGACCAUCAAUGGAGUGACUCUUCUCCAAGAUGUGAAGAAAUAAGAUGUACCGAGCCAAUAGUUGCCGAGAAUAGUAUAGUAUCAGUGACCGGCAACGAUCGAAUGCACGGACGGACGCUAAUCCGCACAUCAGGGAGCACAAAUAACGGCAAUACGUAUCGCAUUGGAGCGCUCGUCAAGUAUCGCUGCGAGCGUGGGUAUAAGGUGGUGGGCGAGAGCCUCUCCACAUGCGAGGAUACAGGACAGUGGAGUGGAGUUACACCAAGAUGUCAAUAUGUUGAUUGUGGAAACCCUGGGCGCAUUCAGAAUGGAAAAGUCACACUUGCGACGAACGCAACUUAUUAUGGAGCUGCUGCACUUUAUGAAUGUGAUGAACACUGGCAGCUCGAUGGUGUAUCACGAAGAUUGUGCCAGGACAAUGGCACAUGGAGCUCGGAAGCGCCAGUGUGUAAAGAAAUAACUUGCACGGAUCCAUCAAUUCAGAUCAAGGGUAAUACUGGCUUACUCGUUGUCACGUCCACUCUCAGCAUAGGCGGAGAAGCGCACUAUAGAUGCGAAAGAGGUUAUAGCAUCAAAGGUAAUCAGACAAGAACCUGUCUGCCCAAAGGACAAUGGAACGGAACUCCACCAGUAUGCAUACCUAUAGAUUGUAAAUCACCAGGAACUAUCGAAAACGGACGUAUUAUCAUAUCGAACACUUCGACUCUAUUUGGAAGUUCAAUCGAAUAUCACUGUUUGCCGCAGUACCAGCGCGUUGGACCUUUCCUGCGCAAAUGUUUAGAUGACGGGAAAUGGUCUGGUGAAGAUCCUAGAUGCGAACUGACAACUAAUGAAGCAGCAGAAAGUGGUGCCUUGCCAUUGAGCGUCGGCGUCGGCUGUGGUGUAGUUCUAUUUUUAUUGAUGUUGCUAGGAGUUAUCUAUCUGAGACUCCGUAAGGCGACACCAGUCAAGAACACAGAAAACAUCGAAGGCGCUGAGCGAAAAGAAGAUCAAAAUGCAGCUGUUAUGAGCUACGCUACACUUCACGACACAAACGGAAGACAUAUUUACGAUCACGUGACUGACAACCUUUAUGAUUCCCCAUACAGUGAGAGUCUUGCAGAAAAUGCAGCGUACGGAAGACGAAGUGACACAGAUUCCGCGUACGAACCUGAGCCGACCGGACCCAGUGCAGUGGUCACUAUUAAUGGGGUCGCAGUUCGUUGAUAGGCAGAAAUUCAACUGCUUCGUAGUGUUUAAUUGUAAAGAAAAAUUUGAAGAUUAGGCUUUAAGGUAGUGAUCUAUGAACUAUUAAUAAAUCAGUGCUAUAUUGAUUGUACAAGAUUCUUUUCCUAAAACUGGGUAACCAAUAUGAAUUUUUUAAAAUGAAGGCAAAAGGACAGUUUUAGACUGUUGACUCGUCAAAAACGUCACCUAGUCGUUUUAGGUACCUUUAAUAACUGAUUAUCAACUUAAACGCUAAUUCAACUGCCAAAAUGUUACCUCCCAUUAUUUUAACAUGAAACUUUUACCUGAACAGCCAGAAUGGUUACCAAUGUUUUACGAAAAUUACCAGCCUAAGCGCACUUUAGUUGCAAAACCACAGUGCAUGGAUACAGCAAUAACUUUAUAAACAGUGCAUUAUGUAGCAUUUACGAAAUACCUUUAGAAGAAGGAUUAUUGUUACAAUAGUGAAUUCAUAGCUACUAUACUAAAAAGACGUUUUUAAAAUAAGUUUAAAUGGAAUGAACAAUAUUUUAGAAUCGAAUAAGUUGAAAAUUAAAUGUUAUUCCAUUAGUAACGAUAGAAUCUAAAGUGCGUUUAGACCUGAAGUUAGACGUAGCUUGAAAUUCGAUUAAAAGUUUUUUAAUUAUUCCAAACGUAUGUGUUCAAAGUGAUCACCAACCCUUACUAGGUAUUUAACCAAAGAUGUAAAAAGAGUUGGAAAUUGUAUGAGGUAUAUUAAUAUUUAUGCUAGAUUAUGAUUGCUGUAUAGUAUUCAGUUUUUCUUAAGUUUUGCUUUGAGCUUUGACGCCGCACCGGUUGCAUCGAAUUGCGAAGACUCAAGUCGGCUCAAGAGGGAAAAGUGGGUUUGUUUUUAUUUUCAUAAUAAAUACCUAUAAUAUUAAUAGUACCUGUAUUUUUUAACUUUUUAUUUAUAGUCGUGAAGGUGAUAAACCACAUCGAUGACUAUUUUUUUAUUAAUUUUGAAGCAUUUUAUUUAUAACUAAAUCAUUUUAUUAUAAAAUUAUGUAACGUGGUCUAUUUUAAAAGUAUACUACAAGAUUGUCUCCAUCUCCUGAUGUCGCACUUUUAUCCCACAGGGGCGAUUGGAGGCGCUGUCCUAUUUUAAUUAGUCUUAAUUAUCGUCGAAAGUAAAAAUAUUUAGAAUUUAAAACAUAUUGUGUAAAAAUAAAAUGGAGUUAAAUUCUUUCGAAUGAAAUAACACGUAAAAAAUAAUUCAUUUUCAAAAUAGUAUCGUAUGCGGUCUCGACGCCAAGGUAACGAUUUAAAAAAUGUAUUCGCUAAACGAAAAUAUAAUGUUAAUUUAUCGAGGGUGAAAUAAAAGACGAAAUUACAUUCGAAAAUUUUAUUUAUUGUUAGCAAGUAUGGUUAAGUUUUGGAGAACCAGUGAGACACAAUACUUAAGAUCUCUUUUCAAUUUUUGUAACACAAAUAAUUAAAUGUAGUUUGGAAAACAAAUUGUUUCGCCCUUUGCCUCUCACUAGCCUCACUUAAAAACCAAUACUCAUUGAAAACGAAACUUUAUCAUUUUCAAUCUAAUGGAUUUUUAAAUACAUUUAAUCAAGUACACGUUUUAAUAAAAAUAAAUAUUAUAAUAACGUAUCAGUUGUUUCUAAUGUUGAAUACUUUUAAGUACAAGUACUGAUAUUCAUAGUCGAAAUUUUCAUUAUAAUAUUGGUCACGAUUUAUUAUGAACUAAAAAAUAAGA